UGUUAUCUAAUUUCGAAACUUUGCGAAGUUAACUAUUGACUCGCAAAAUACCACUACCACUUUACUAAGUACAAUGCCAUAAUAACAAUAUACGUAUUAUUUAUUAUUAUUAUUAUUAUUGUUAUUUUCAUAAUCAUUUUCGUCGUAAGCUCGUAAAGUCGUAACAGUUUUUCUUUUCGCAAACUCGUUUGAAUAGUGUUUGUUUUAUUUAUUAAAGUAAUAAUAACAAUACUCUACUCACAGGUUUUAAAAUUGUCACUAAAUACACGGUUCGCUUGUACUUUGUUUUUGACAUCUUGCAAUCGUUUCCUAGUUAAUUAUGCGUAUUAUACGAGACGAUUGUUCUGUCGUUGUUAUUGCGAUGGUCAUCUCCAAUGAAGGACACACGGCGCAUUAAUAUUCCAAAUGUGUAGGAAAUCGUUUCUGGUUCACGCAUUAUUCCGAUCAAUUUGACAAAACCACCAAAGUGCCUUCUGUAGGCUAUGAGAUUAUUACGUAAAGUAAAAAUCCGAAUUUUUGCACAUUGUGCUUCUGUAGUAACUCUUCACAAUGUCCAGAAGAUGGUUCCACUCCCAUUUAAAUGGCAUGGACACUCAACGUAUACUUUUAGAUGAAGGUGUUGAAGGUUCAUUUUUGGUCCGGAAAUCAUACAGCAGAAAAGGACAAUUUGUCUUAUCUGUUAGGCAUGGCAAUAAGGUUAACCAUAUAAAAAUUCAUAAUGAUGGCGAGCUUUUUGAUCUCAAUGGUGGUGAAAAAUUUAAUACACUUACAAAUCUUGUUGAACAUUAUAUGACACAUCCACGAGUACUCAAAGAACAAGGUGGCAUACCACUACCUCUAUUAAUACCAAUUGGUUCACCUGAACCAACCAAUGAAAGAUGGUUUCAUGGUCAAAUGUCAAGAAAAGAAGCAGAGUAUUUGAUUUUAGAAAAAGGACGUCCUGGUAGCUACUUAGUACGAGAAUCACAAUCUGAUCCUGGAAAUUAUGUAUUAACUGUUAAUGUUGAUGAUAAAGUGGCUGAAAUUAAAAUAAGAUUUAAUGGAGAAAAGUAUGAUAUUGGUGGUGGAGAAGAAUUCUUGUCGCUGAAUGAUUUGAUGAAAUACUACAGCUUUAAUCCGAUGGUUGAUCAUAAUGGAUCUGUUAUGCAUUUGAUGAAUCCAGUAAAUGUAACAAGAAUUAGUAUUGCUGGAAUAGUUGACCGUGUAUUUAAACUGAAGCAUCAGAAAUAUCAACAUUAUGCUUUUGGUACUGGUGGGUUUUGGGAAGAAUUUGAUGUAUUACAACAAUGGGAAACUAAACGAGAAUCAACAAAAGAUAUUGGUUUUUUAAUUGAAAAUAAAUCCAAGAAUCGAUAUCGUAACAUUUUACCAUAUGACCAUUCUAGAAUUGUAUUAAAAUGUUGUGAUAAAAGUUCACCGGGUGCAGACUAUAUCAAUGCAAACAUGAUAAAACUUGAGCCAUUUGUUUUGGCUGAAAAAUAUGAAACACGUAAUUACAUUGUCACUCAAGGUUGUCUACAUAAUACAGUUGAUGACUUUUGGAAAAUGAUUUGGCAAGAAGAUUCUCGCAUAAUUGUUAUGAUAACAAAACUAUUUGAAAAGUCUAAAGAGAAAUGUUUUAAGUAUUGGCCAGAUCUAGGUCAUUCAUGUGAGUACAGCAAAAUCACUGUUGAAAAUCUUGGAGAGUAUGCCCAUCAACAAGAUAUGGUUGUGAGAAUGUUUAAUAUUAGUCUUUCAAACUACAGACAUAGAAGAGUACUCCAAUACCAUUAUACGGGAUGGCCGGAUCAUGGAGUUCCUUCUGAUGCAGGGUCGCUUCUUGACUUGCAAUUUGUAGUUAAUGCUCGCCAGUUUGAAAUAGAAGCUCACUCAGAUGUUACACAUCCUCUAACUGUACAUUGUAGUGCUGGAAUUGGAAGGACUGGUACAUUUGUUGUUCUUGACAUUCUUAUUGGUUUAAUAAAYCGAAAAGGUCUUGAUUGUGAGUUGGAUAUUCAACGCACCACUCAUCUGGUAAGAUCUUUUCGUCCUGGACUUGUACAAUCUGAAGCACAAUAUCAGUUCAUAUAUACAGCUAUAAAUCACUAUGUACAAUCAGUAUGUUCAAGAAUAUCUGCUGAAAAGAAAAUUGAAAUGUUUGGUCGAGAAUACUUGAACAUAAAAUAUACAGAUGAACUAGCGACAGUUGUAGGUGAAGAAAAUGUGCCAACCUUAAACCCUUGUACAGCUCAGAGGGUCUUAAAAAAUGCUAUUACAUGCAACACCUAUCCUACUACCGAUUCACCUUUAGUUUCUCCUACUCUAGACAAAUCAAAUGUUGUUGAACUCCUUGGCUAUGACCCCGGAAAACCAAAUACUCCAACACCGGCUAUAGUGACUACGGCAGAUUCGUGUCCUAAUUCACCUACUUCUAACGUAUUUGAAUUACAUUCCUAUGAAAACAUUACAUCACCUUUACCAUCUAGUGAAUGCGAUAUUGGACCUCCACCUAUGGAAGCUCCUCCACCACCCCCACAGUCACCUAUUAUGAUAUUAUAAUUUUAACUUUACCCCAGUCUAAAUAUGUAGACAACUAUUUUACAUUUCAUUACAUUUUCUUCAGUCAUUGUAUCUCAUAUUUUGUAYUUGAUAAUACAUUUGUUUUUAAUAACACAUAAUUUUUAAAUGUUAAUUUAAUUAUGAAUAUUGAUAUUUUAAUUAACAAAAUGUAGUUUACUAAACAUUCCUGGUUUUGGGCCAAUUUAGAAUAAUAACUACUAAAUAUUGACAUAAAUUUGAUAUAAUUAAAGUUUGGCUACCAUAGUUACAUGCCAAAUCAGUUUGUUAAAUUAAUUAAUUUAUUGUUACUCAUAUUCUUGUAUUAUUUA